AACCUAACCUAAAAACCGCUAAUCAGAGCCUAUCCCAAAACCAUGAACGCAGAAAACCGUUACCCAGUAACGGCCUCGCUCUACAUGCUUCGAGAGAUCAAGCGCAGGCAGGAGCAAGUGAACCGAGGCUACCAGCUGUUGAAGCGCAAGACCGAGGCCCUGCGCUUCAGGGGCCGCCAGGUGGCCUCAGAACUGGCCUCCACUCAGGCCAUACUGGGCCACACGCUGAGAGAGGCCUAUAUCUCUUUGGCUGCCGUAAAAUUUGCUAAUGGAGAAUCUAAUGCGAUGGUGCUUGAGAAUGUUGAUCAGGCGCAAGUCCGAGUCCACCGUGUCACGGAGAACAUAUCUGGCGUGACGUCAGUGUCCCUCCUGGCCGUGGAGGACCCAACAGCCAGCGACUCGCUCCGCUACGCAGGGCUGGGUGCCGGCGGUCACCGCACCAGUGAGGCGAAGAAAGAGUUCCGGGAGGUCCUCAGAAUACUCGUCAAGUUCGCCUCCUUAAGGAACAUGUGUUUGCUGCUGGAUGCCGCCAUCAAGUCCACUUUGAGGAAAGUAAAAGGCAUUGAGAAAGUGAUAUUGCCUAAAUUGAAAAAUACUGAAACGUACAUUUUAAUGGAGAUGGAUGAAAGGGAGCGGGAAGAAUUCCAUCGUUUGAAAAUGAUGAAAGCUAAGAAGGUGCGAAAUCGGGCCAUUUGUGAAGCCAACGCAGAAGGCUGUGACAGCGGCGAGUCAAUCGGUAGCUCAAAGUCAUGUCUGACGAGUAGUUCUAUGUGGCCGCAAGGGUGGAGUUGCGCGCCACAGGGCUGUGAUAUCUGCUUCGAUGACGACGAUGUAUUCGAUACUGUCGCGUGAAGUAAGUUUCAGCUCCAACACGACCAUCAGCCCGAUGCUACAAGUGCCGGCAUCCACACCCACGGACAGUGGCAGUGCUCUACCUUUUUGUUAUUCUUGCUUGGACGAUGAUGAUGUGUUGUUUUAAUUAUUCAAAGUGCUUAACUGCUUUACUUAUAUUUUUGUUCUCCUUUUAUAUGUGGUAACUAGUUAGAAAGAUACUUACGUCUGCUACUGUACCUACUUGUCUAGUAAGUACAGCUGUCUUAUGUAGUUACCUACUUACCUACCUAUUUGCCUAACGUAUGUAUUAGAUAACUGUGAGUAAUAUACUUUUAACUAUUGAAA